AUGGCGAAUCCAACGACUUGUCCUCCCCUGACGCGGCAGUCGGUUACCAAGGCUCACGAGCUUAUCAGAUCUCGCGUUCACUGUACUCCUGUCAUGACAAGUACGUUUAUGAACCAGCUAGCAUCGACGCCCCGGAAAAGCGCGAAGCCGAUAAUCAGACUCUGGUUCAAAUGCGAAAAUCUGCAACGAGUUGGCGCCUUCAAGGUCCGAGGCGCUUUCCACGCAAUCGAGAGGCUCAAGCAGGAACCGGGCUGGCUGGAGAAUGGUGGUUUGAGCAGAGGCGUUGUGAGCUUCAGCGCAGGCAACCAUGCUCAAGCAGUCGCACUAGCUGCUCGCGAGAGCAAUAUGCCUGCGCACAUCGUCAUGCCUGAAACUAGCAGUCGAGCCAAGAUCGAAUCAGUGCAAGGCUAUGGUGCCAAUCUCACAAUUAGUGGUCGCUUUGAUCGCGAAGCCGUUGCUGCUCAAGUAGUAGCAAAAACAGGAGCCCGGUUGGUACCACCCUACGAUCACCCAGACGUCAUUCUUGGUCAGAGUAGUGUAGGCUUGGAGCUGCAGUCGCAGGUUGCGAAACUUGAUGCUAUUAUCUCUCCGAGCAGUGGUGGCGGCCUCCUCUCCGGCACCGCGCUCAGCUGCGAAGGAACUGGGAUCCGUGUUUAUGGAGCUGAGCCGGAGUUCGAAGGGGCGGACGACGGGCGGCGAGGGUUUCUAUCUGGGAAGAGGAUUACCCAUGUUGAAACCAGCACGAUUGCAGACGGACUUGUUGGGAAGCUUGGGUUGUAUCCCUGGGAGAUCAUUUACGAGCGGCGGCUGGUGGAUAUGAUAUACGCUGUCAGCGAGGACGAGAUCCUAGACGCCAUGAAACUCAUAUUUGAGAGGCUCAAGCUUGUUGUUGAGCCUGCGGCUGCGGUCCCACUAGCAGUUGCGCUGUAUAAUGAAGAGUUCAGAGAGAUGGUAGAGCACACAGCAGGCGACGCGGGUUGGGAUGUGGGCAUUAUUCUUAGUGGAGGAAAUAUCGGUACCGGAAGGAUUGCAGAGCUUUUUUCUUAA